GCUCUUUUCGCAGAAAACGAAACUCAGAAAUUUUCCUUUCUGAGAGAGUGUGUGAGUGCAGGAAAAUGGCAGAAGCCAGUAUUUCAGUAGAUCAGAAUCAGUUCAGCUGUCCAGUGUGUCUGGAUCGUCUGAAGGAUCCAGUGACUACAACCUGUGGCCACAAUUUCUGUAAGGUGUGUAUUAUUGGCUUCUGGGAUCAGGAGGAUGUGAAGGGCGUCUACAGCUGCCCCAGGUGUAGAAAGACUUUCAAUCCAAGGCCUGUUCUACGCAGGAACAACAUGCUGGCUGAAAAGGUGGAGAAACAAAAUAAGACUGAACUCCAAGCUGUUUCUCCUGCUCACCGUUACGCUGGACCUGGAGAUGUGGAGUGUGAUUCCUGCAUUGGGAGAAAACGUAAAGCCAUUAAUUCCUGUCUGGUGUGUCUGGCCUCCUAUUGUGAAGAUCAUAUUAAACCUCACAAUCAGGCUCCUGCCUUUAAGAAGCACAAGUUAGUUGAACCCCGUGCAGAGCUCCAGGAGAAGAUUUGCUCAGAACAUGACAAACUCAGCGAGAUGUACUGUCGUACUGACCAAAGCUUCAUCUGUUACUUGUGUACAAUGGAUAAACAUAAAGGCCAUGAUACAGUUUCAACUAAAGCAGAAAGAACUGAAAAACAGAAGGAGCUACAGGAGGAGCAGAUGAAAUUCCAGCAGAGGAUCCAGGAGAAGCAGAAGAAGGUGCAGGAGCUGAGACAGACUGUGUACACUAUUAAGAGGCAUUCGCAGGCAGCAGUAGACGAGAGUGAGAAGAUCUUUACUGAGCUGAUCAGCUCCAUGGAGAAAAAGCACUCUGAGGUGAAGGAGCUGAUCAGAGCUCAGGAGGAAGCUGAACUGAGUCGAGCUGAACGACUCCUGAAGCAACUGGAGCAGGAGAUUGCUGAUCUUACGGGGAGAAUAUCUGAGCUGGAGCAGCUUUCACACACACAUGAUCACAUCCACUUCCUCCAGAGUUUCCCGUCUCUCUGUGUUUCUCCUGGAUCUGAGGACUCACCCAGCUUCACUGUCAAUCAACAUCUCUCAUUUGAUGGGGUGAGGAAAUCUCUCUCAGAUCUGAAACAACGAGUCGAGAAAAUCUGUGAGGAGGGAUUCAACCAAAUCUGUCCACAAGCUGCAGCAUUUCAGGUAUUACCUUUACAGCCGAAAACCAGAGAGGAUUUACUGCAGUAUUUCUGUUAUCUGACUCUGGAUCCCAGCACAGCACAUCGUCAACUCAUUCUGUCUGAAAAGAACAGAGUGGUGAAGCGCAGUAGGACACAACAGCGAUAUCCUGAUCAUCAAGAGAGAUUUGACUCUUGGUCUCAGGUGUUGUGUAAGGAGAGUGUGUGUGGAUUCAGUUACUGGGAGGUGGAAUGGAGCGGUGAUGUGUCCAUAUCAGUCUCCUAUAAAGAGAUCAACAGAAAAGGAGGCGGAUGUGAGAGUUUGUUUGGAUUCAACAAUCAGUCCUGGAGUCUGCAGUGUUCUCCUUCCACUGUCGCUUUCUGGCACAACAACAUUAAGACUGAUCUCCGAGGUCCAGUAUCCUCCAGAAUAGGAGUGUAUGUGGAUCACAGUGCAGGAACUCUGUCCUUCUACAGCAUCUCUGACAUGAUGAGGCUCCUCCACAGAGUCCACACCACAUUCAUUCAAUCUCAUCCUCUAUACGCUGGGUUCUGUGUAGGUAAUAACUCAAUUCUGAGGUUAUGUGACUUGAAAUGAAAUGUUAGUAAAGGAGUUUACAGAAACUAUAAGAGAGGUGUGAGAUUUAAUUUCACCCUGAGCUACAAUGCCUCUUUUGGGUGUACAAACUGUAACACUAAUUUCUCUUAUUAUAAUUUUCUAAUGGCAUCUUUUCUAUAGAUUAAUAAAUUACAUAAAUAAUAUCUUAUUGCAGAAUGCAGGAUGUUUCUAGAACAAAGAAAUGUUAUGAAGCAGACUAUUUAACUGUAUGCUGUCACAUACCGGGACAUAAGAGAGGUUGAGGAGGGAUGCACGUGCAGUUAAAGAUGUUUAUUAAAGAGAGAGGCAGGCAGACAAAUCUAAAUCGUGAUACAGAAGCAUGGUCUAAUAACAUUCAAAAGGUCAGGCGAUCGGCAAACGGGCAUAAACAGGGCUAGGCUGGAAUCAACACGAGAAACAAUGUCAUUAACAUGAGACGAGGAAACAAUCGCUUAAUAAAGCGGUAAACUCAAUACUGUAUAAUUUGCACAGAGACAUGAGGGGUUUACAUGACGAAUGUAAUCAUGGGUUAAACACAGGCCAGCUGAAAACGAUGACACACAUUCGGGAAACAACUAAUGACAAAACAGGGGAGGAGACAGAACAUAAUCAUAAAAAAAGCAUGUGUCCAAAGUAAACAAAGGCACUGUCAUUGAAAACCGAAAAGUGUGCGUUCGCUGAGCGCUCGUGCACCUGGCUCGUGCACGCGCAUGCGCUUCAGUUUUCUGAGCUCACUGCAAUCCUGCAGCGCUGACUCAAGGAGAAAUCGUGACAUAUGCACUAUUAGCAAAUGUAUUGUGCUGAUCUGAAAAAUGUUUCAAAAAUUCUGUUUUGGGUUUGGCAAAGACAGUUUCUUUUGAAAUAAUAAAACUUACUCAAACUGCUGUGUCUUUCUGCGUUGCUUCUGGUGGAAACACACCCUACUGUGUGUUAAAGCCAUUUUUUAUUUUAUAUCUUUAACCAUUGUCUGGUUAAGGGCCUGGAUAAUAUACAGUGCUCUCUGAAAAUAUUCAGACCCCCAUCCGUAUCAAUCUGCAAAAAUAAUACUCCAUUAUAAUAAAAAGAAAUAAACAAAUUUCUUGUGUCAAAUUAAAAAAAUAAAGUAACUACAAUGUCAGAUGUGUAGAAGAAUUCAGAACCUUUGCUGCUAUCAUAUUCGAAACUGAGCUCAAAUUAAUUUUCACUUACCAUCUCUGAAUCUUAUCUUAGCCCACUCUUCCACCAAGGCCUUUGCAAGUUCUCAAUCCCAUUUGGGGGGGACACAUGGUUACAUGUAAUUUUCUACUGCAAGGACGAUCGGCUGUCCUUCCUGUCUCCCUGUAGCACUGUCUUAGGUGUCUUACAUUACAGACAUUGCAGUUUAUUGCUCUGGCCACAUCUGCAGACCUCAUGCCUCCUUGCAGCAGGUCUAUGGCAUGUUCAUGCAGGUGAGCAGGCAUCCAAGGCAUCUUUCUUCUGGUGUUUUUCAGAGUCAGAAGAAAGGUCUCUUUGGUGUCCUAAGUUAUUGUCACUGUGACCUUAAUUGACCCUGAUUAAAGCUCCAGUUCCAGCUGAAGAAAACCAGCCCCAAAGUAUGAUGCUGCUGCCCCAUGCUUCCCCAUGGGGAUGGUGUUCUUUUGUGCCAAACACAUCUUUUGGUAUUAUGGCCAAAAAGUUAAUCUUUGGUCUCAUCUAAUGUCAUUAGACAUUAAUCCACAGGGUUUUGGAAAAUUGGAUGAUUAAUUAAAACUGUUUUAUUUAGUUUAAAAAGGUUUCCGUCUUGCCACCCUACCCUGUAGCCUAGACAUAUGAAGAAUUUGGGAGAUUGUUGUCACAUUUAGGGAGCAAACAGUUCUUUCAAGAAAUUACUGCAAUUCUUUUAAUGUCGAUUAAAAGAAUGGCAAACUCUCUGACCAGUUUUCUUCUGGUCUACUCAUCAUAUUUAGAGGGACAUGCUGUUCUUAGUAGUGUCCCUGUCGUGAUGUAUUUUCUCCACUUGUUGAUUAUUGUCUUUACAUUGUUCCAUGAUAUAUGCAAUGCCUUGGAAAUUGUUUGUAAUCCCCCUCUCCUGAUUUAUAUUUUUCAACAAUGAGAUCCCAUGCCUGCUUUGUAGUCUUUUUGUGACCCAUGGCUUUUCUAGUUGGAUAUUAUCAAGAAAACUGAUUCUUAUUGUAUUUCACUUUAAUUAAUAGGUUAACAUUUUAUAAUAAGGUAGAAAAGUUUCUGACACGAUUUAUGGGUGUGUAGAUUUUCUAGAUCCACUGUGUGUAUGUGUGUGUGUGUGUG